UGUGUGCACUAGCCAGACCCUCCGCCGCAGCGCUGUAGAGGAAGGUCUGGCAAAUCGAGACCAAGAGAACCCCAACCUGUAAACACCUGUUGCAGCACGGCUCAAUUAGUCGUGGCUCCGCUGUGGCUCAUGUAGAGAUUCAGCAUGUCACCUAUUUCACCAUUCGUAGGGUAGACAGCAAUGACUUUUUGGCAGAUGAUCAGUUUUUGGCAAGUAGCCUGUAACCGGUGAACCACAAUCAUUGAACCUUGUAGUGAUUCCGCAACACCUGCCCCCCCCCCUCCCCCAGACAUGAUACUGGAUGCUGGCAACUCAAUUUUCUACAAGUGUUCCCUUCCCACCCAUAGAGUGUAGGCAUACAUCUUUCAAAUGUGUGUCCGAACCAUAUGUGACUGAUAAGCCUGUGAGUUUAGCUGAUUCUUUAGCUUUCUCAGUACCCAGAUAAUCCAUAUUUGGGCUCAGUGACGCAUUUGAACAUGUAUGAAAACCUGGAGUGAAACCUCGGCUGCACAAGUCCACAAAGAGGAUCCAAGGUCUGCUAGGAUGGCUCGCAUGUCUGUUUUCAGAUUCUCAGCUCUGGCUCUGCUGCUGCUGUCUGCCUGCUGUUGGGCCGACAAUGAGGCAGAGGAUGACUCAGCGGAGCUUUCUGUCUCUGAACUUCUGGAGAGAGCCAACAGUAAUCUGAUCCGUUCUGACAAUGAUCCCAUCCUGACUGAAGGAGACAUCGCUAUCGGCAGCGAGGACGAGAGAAACGCCAACCCCUGCACCAGCCAAGACUGCAAGUGGUUAAAAAAUGCUGACGGGAAGGUCUACGUUCCUUAUUACAUCGCCAACCACUACUCCGAUCGGGAGAAGGCCAUCAUCAUCCGUGGACUGGAGUCCUUCUCUUCCUUCUCCUGCAUCUUCUUCAGGCCCACCCAAAGCGGCGACCACGAAUGGCUGAGCAUUGAGUCCAAUAAUGGCUGCUCCUCCUUCGUUGGCCGUCGUGGUGGGAAGCAGGUGGUGUCUCUGGCCCGGAGUGGAUGCCUUUACCAUGGCACGGUGCAGCACGAGCUGCUCCACGCUCUGGGCUUCAACCAUGAACAGACCCGCUCUGACAGGGACAACCACAUCAGGGUCAUGCUGCAAAAUGUUAAGGCCGGAAAGGAGCACAACUUUAGAAAGGUUGCCACCCUGAACCAGGGCACUCCCUACGAUUACAACUCUGUCAUGCAGUACCGCAAGAACGCCUUCUCCAAGAACAACCAGCCCACCAUGGUCCCCAUCCCCGACCCCAACGUGUCCUUUGGCAACGCCAAGGAGAUGAGUCACAAUGACAAAGUCAGGCUCAACACUCUCUACAAGUGCUAAGAAGUGUUUUCAGAUGUGCUGACAGACGAUCAGAGGCUCCCUGACCAACAGAAGCUGCAGCCCUGAACUCAUCAGCACAACAGCCAAUGAUCAUUCUAUAAAGUUU